AUGAAUUCGCGAGGCAGUAUUUUCUCCAAAUUCAUCCAUGUCUUCCUGUUCUGGAUGAAGCAGGGUUUUGGCGUAUCUCUGCCGACUCCGCUUCACAUACAAUAUCACUAUUUGUUUUGCAAGCUCUUCUCUUUUCGAGCUGCCCUGUACGUAUACACACUAUCCUUCUGGUCAUUCAUUCCCACUAAUACCAUCAGCACGUCUCCUUGGAAACGCUCCACAAAUGCGGAUUCAGUGAUAGACGAAAAGCUAGAACAACAUUCUACAAUCGUGCCAAGCUACUCUUCGAUCUCCAAGCAGAAAAUGACGCAUUCGCCAAAGCACAAGGCUCCGUUCUCCUCGCCCACCACACCUCCGCUCACGAUCCUCAAGCUAGCAGUAUAUGGUUGA